AUGGCCGCCAUCGCUAGACCUGCCCUCGCUAAGCCUGCCGCUUACCCCAAGGCUCUCCCCGUUGUCGUUGCUGUCGGCAGCUUCGCUCUCGUCGGUAGCUACGUGGCCUCCCAACUGGCCACCACAUCAGCCAAGUUCGACCGCUCUUUUGCAAAGUACAACACUCCCGAGAGCGAAGCCAACCGAGCAAGGACCUUUGACGGUGCCGUCGAGAACCCCAGGACAAGUCUGUUCAACAUCCUCGGUCGACGACAGUAG